GCGAAAUUGUCCUCCCUUGGAAUAAUGCGUCGCAUCGCCUGCAAUCACUGCCGUUCUAGUAAAUUAAGAUGCAAGGUCAAAGAGCCUGACAUUAGCUGCGAACGAUGUCUGAGCAGAAACGUCCGCUGUUCAUACCUUCCACAGAUCUCCCGGUCGUUCCAAUCACCAUCUCCAGCUCAACUCUCGCAAGGCAGUCCCAAUUUUCCCAUCGCGAAUAGCCCCCAAACCCAGUCGCCAGCUGCCUACCAACUCAACCAGGAGACUCCAGGUCUCGAUUUUGGGAGAGGCCGUCCCGAAGAUGUUCUCCGGGAAGGGGAGUUUACACACUCGCUGAUUUUGCUAUACUUUAGCAACUUUAGCGACAUCCAUUUUAUGUUUGAUGAAGAGCUUUUCUUGAAAGACUUUGCUGUUGGGCAAGUCCCCAAGCUCAUUUUAUACUCCAUUAUGGCGCUCAGCAUUCGAUUUUCGCUCGCUCCCUUUAAUGAGGAACUGCCACCAUCUCACCGCGGUGAAUUGCUUUUCGAGCACGCCAGAAUGUUGCUUCAGCGGGAUUUCGACUGCCCAUCAAUCACAGUCAUCCAAGCAUACAUCCUUUUAAGUACAUACAAGAUGUCAUUCGGUGGGUCAAGGCAGUCAUAUCUGUACCUGGGUAAGUCACAUUUACCAGGCUAUCGAUGUACUGACCAAAUAACAGGUUUCGCGACCAACAUGUUACGCGCGCUUCGUCUCCUAGAUACACAUCCAGGAGAGAAUUCAGUGACUUCAGAGGCUAACCGGCGUCUUGUGUGUACAAUGGCAUUGAUGGAUCGGCUUAUGACAUUUCCCUUGCGUUUGCCACCUCAAUUUUCGUCUCAAGAUCACAUACCUACAAUGCUUGGUGACGGUGAAUUUUGGGCUCUCAAGAGAGGUACUGGAACCCUUGCGGAUGGAGUUCUUCAUGGACCCAGUAGUGUCAGUGUGAGCCAAGAGAUUCUCAAGUUGUCGGAAAUUAUGUUUGAAGUCUGCAACGCAUACUUCAACGCAGGUUCGAGCACCGCGUUGGAAGAAACCCGGCUCCGCUUCCAUCAUUACUCCACCACUCGAGACGUAUCCCUGCUUUCUACCGCGGCCAACUUGGAACGCCACAAACAUCAUGACACACUCCGAAAGUUUGCAUACAUGCAUCUUCUGUAUCACCACGUCGGCCAGCUCAUUCAUUUUCAUGCCCUCAAGUUUACAUGGCGGAGCGACCUUCCCCCGUCGGAAGACGACCAGAUUGGAUCUUCCGUGGAGGAGCUCGCGCGAGAAUGUCAUCAGCACUCCUCGGCCAUAGUAACCGUUGUCAGGUUUAUAUGGGAACAAGGGGGCUUCGAUCUGCACAACUUCUCCAUUGGCAAAAUACUAACUCUUGCCACGGUGGUCAACACUCAUGCGUUACUCUCGGCGUCAUCUUCGGAGGCUACCGAUCGGCUGCGAGCUGAAGCGGCGACGUUAUUGGCAUGUAUUAAACGAGUCAAGCACCACACACGCAUGUUCAUUUGGGUGCUUCAACAUUUAGAGGCUUUCAGAAAGAUUUGUAGCCAAAACACAUCCUCAUGGGCCAAAAUGUUCGAUCAAAACCCUCGUCUUCUCGGCCAGAUGCUAUACCUGGGCAGCCACUAUGAGAAUGUUGAGCCGCAAACAGCAGGUCGACGUCCAGGGAUCGGAGCCCUUCUACUGCCCGAGGUUCCCGCAUCUGAAGGGAUGCACUCGACGAGCAAGUUAGCAGGAGAGAGGACUAAGCAGGCUGAUUCACAGCUGCAAGAUGUAAACCUGAGUUAUUUGGAUGACUUUGCGUGGAUAUUUUCAGAUUCAUCCCUAUCAGAAUUAUAUGGAGGACACCAAGAUUGAAACAUUUACGGAAAGUCCUUAUCCCAAUUUCAG